ACACAUGUUUUUGAAAUAGAAGCAAACACAAAAGAUUGUUGUUUAAAUUGUUUGUUUCAAAUAAUUGAAGUAGAGCACAUAUUGAGUAGCCUACAUUCUGAUUUUAUUUUUUAAAUAUUUUAUAAAUAAAAAUUGUACUUUAAACAGGACCACGAUUAGAUCUUUAAAAAAAAAAAAAAAAAAACAACGUUUAGGCCUAUUAGAGAACAAAACACGAGUUAAACACAAACAAAUGUACUUUUAUAUUUACAUACUGUUUUUGACACGUCAGGCACACAUUGCGGUUUCUGCAGCCCUACCUGCUAAAAGACUAGCACCAGUUUGCUGGGGGUGCUCUUUUUAACUGAGAGAUCAGCUAAAACCAGCCAAAAAAAUUAAAAACAGCUGCCCGGGCUGGGUGACCAGCUCGAUAUCCAGCUUAGGCUGGUUUUAGCUGGUCGUAUUUUAGCAGAGCUGGCUUCUGUUCCCAAUCGCUUUAGGACUUAAUAGGACGUCCGUCAACCAUUUGAACACACAAAUAACCGACAAAAACUAAUGUAUUAAUAAUAAAACAGCAAUUAUGAGACAUUAUAACAGUUUGUUUCCUUUUUAUACCCUACUACAGUUACGACAUGUAAACCAAGUGGGAAAACUCCAGUUAUAGAUUUAGGUCUAAUUACAUUUCCUUAAACCUUUAAAAUAACUAUAACUCUUCGAUGCUAGGCACACAAUUCUUGGCAUAUCUGAUUUUUUUUUAUUUGGUUAGUGUUUUUUUGUUUGUUUUUUUCAUACACGUAACUUCUCGUGACCAUACGGGGGCGAUGUGUGUCCACUCAAUUUCACACUCUAUAGUCACGCCACCCCCCCUUUCCUUAUUCGACUAAUCAGAGAGCACGUUUUUAAGUCGUAUGACGCUAACGGAAGUAGUACUGGUAGCACAGUUGAGACCAACAACCUCAGUCUUUAUUAGUAAGAUGGAGGUGGAUCAGCUGCUGUCACUCUCAGGUUCAGCUCUGGCUCAGGCCAUCAGUUCUCUGCUGGAGACUCCAGGCCUCUACGUUUUCUCAGACAUACUAGAACUGCCCAAUGUCCGUGAGUUGGAGACAGGUCCCCAUGCUCCAGUGUAUCAGCUCCUUAAUCUUUUUGCGUAUGGAACCUACUGCGACUACAAAGAGAGGGCAGCCUCGCUUCCUGAACUAACACCCGCCCAGAAGAACAAACUCCGCCACCUGUCAAUCAUCAGCCUUGCCUCCAACCUAAAGUGUCUGCCGUACUCAUUGUUGCUCCAGCAGUUAGAGCUGAAGAAUGUGCGUGAGCUAGAAGACCUGCUGAUCGAGGCUGUUUACAGUGACAUUAUCCAUGGCAAACUGGACCAGAGGAACCAGCAGGUAGAGGUAGAUUGCAGCAUAGGUCGAGACCUGGGCCCCAACGAAAUACCCAACAUUGCCAACACACUGCAGGAGUGGUGUGCAGGCUGUGAAGCAGUUCUGUGUGGCAUUGAGGAGCAGGUGUCAAGAGCCAAUCAGUACAGAGAGAGCCAGCUCAAGGUUAAAGUUCAAGUGGAGACAGAGGUAUCAAAUCUACAGAAAACCCUUAAGGCAAGCUCUGCUUCACCAUCAUCAGGCCCCGCCCCAGCUGGUGCAGCAUCCAAUCAAGAUGCAGACCAGCCGGCUGAGCCAAGAGACCCUGCCUCCUCUCAGGAACCAAGGCAACCAGGAAAAAAGAGUUCAAAGGUCAAAGGGCUUCGUGGGAGUGGAAAGAUUUGGUCAAAGUCUAAUUGAUCCACAAAAGCACUGAGAUCACCGACUCACAGAGACAUAAAUAUUCUGGAAAGGUUUGCUGGAUAGACCGAUAAACAAACUGAUAGCCAGUUCUCAGACACAGUCACCUUCUAUAAAAAAUUUUUUUUUAAAUACAGGACUUUUACACAACACUGUGUGCUUGUGCGUGUUUAUGUAUGUGUAUGCUGUAAAUGUCAUUUAAUUUGACUCACUCAUUUCUCUGCCUGUUUGUUUUGUUCAUCAUUAAAUCUGGAGGUUAAUUGAUGAAACCAAUGAAUAAAUGAUAUCCAUCUGUCACACUGUGUAGUUUUUAGCUUUCAUGUUUCCUUUCCUCUAAUGUUAAGUGGUGGUAAAUGUUUCGUCUCAAUGGGGACAUGUCUGUUAAGAGGUCAUGGCAUUAAUUAGCCACACUUUAAUGCAGAAGCCCCGAAAUAAUACUGAGGUUUGUUUUUCCCUCUCUCUCUCUCUCUUACGAUCGUACAUAAAAACUCCACAAAUGUGUUUCGUGAAAUGGCCUUUAUGCGGCCAGAAAAAGGUCAGUCUGUUGCUCAUGUUGCUGCCUAUACUGCAAAGCAAUUCUCUCUC